AUGUGUAGGAUCGGAGCCAGCCGUGUCGAUUGAGAUUUAAAAAAUGGCUUCCCUACUAACGGACACGAGUGCCGAGGUUCCAUUAUUUUCGGUCUUACCAGGAUCUCAACUCAUCAAGCAGGGCGCUGAAGCUAAAGUUUAUCGGGGAACUUUUUUAGGGAGGGCGUGUGUCGUGAAACAACGGUUUAAAAAGAAGUAUCGUCACCCAACUCUCGACGAGAAACUGACGGCCAAGAGAACUUCUCAAGAAGUGCGUUCGCUUUUGAGAUGCCAAAAAGCAGGAAUUUCUACACCAACAGUCUACUUUGUCAACUAUGUUGAGUAUUGCAUUUACAUGGAAGACUUUGAUAACUCUGUUACCGUAAGAGAAUUUAUAGAAGACUUUCAGCGCAGAUCUGCUCCAUUAGAAGAACUUUUCAAACUUGCUGAAGUUGUCGGUAAAAUAUUGGCCAAAAUACACAGCAAUGACGUCAUCCAUGGGGAUCUUACAACAUCGAAUAUGUUACUACGCCAACAAUCGUCUGAUUCCAACUUCCAGUUGUCGUCUAUCAUCUUAAUUGAUUUUGGCCUCAGCCAGAUUUCAGGUUUGGCAGAGGACAAGGGUGUGGACCUUUAUGUCUUGGAAAGAGCCUUCUUGAGCACCCAUCCGGACACCGAAGUUGUCUUUGAGAAGGUGUUAUCAGCUUACGGGAAAUCUUAUGAGAAAGCAGCUGAAGUUUUGAAGAAAUUAGAGGAAGUGAGGCAACGUGGGAGGAAGAGGGUUAUGGUUGGCUGAUGGUGAUUAGAGAUUAUCAAGUCUUGUACUGGCUUGGACUCUUUGUAUUAGCUAGGGGCACUGCAGCCGAUUUUCACGGAAACGCUCGGAUUAAUCCUAGCUAGACUUUAGAACGAGUAACCCGUCCUAAGUUAGGAUGGGUUCAAUGCAUCCUAUUUAUUUGGAUACGGAACUGAACCCGA